AUGAAAAAAGAGGGACGAAGCAGGAUGAGGCCAGGAGGAGAGAAGAAGAUUUCUCUGGAAGAAUACGUUGACUUCUUCGCCUCUGGAAAGUCCAUCGACUUCACCAUCUCCUACCUCAAUCAGAUCGUUCAUCUGCACGGUUUCCGAAAGCUGCACAAAUCGAACAAGAAAACUGUAGGUGAAGCCGUCGAUGCGAUCGAUCUACUAGAUCUCUCUCGCUCAACUCUGAACCAAAGCACCGUCUCGUCAUCAGCUUCAUUAACUCUCGACGAAGUGAUAACCGACAUUGAAGGUCUCAAAUGGCAGGAGUGCUGUCUCACCUCACUCCAGAUCAUUAAUUCCGUUGAAGCUACACGAGCAGUGGCCAAACCCAAACAGAAAGCAAACAAGAGAAAGAUUGGAAAAGAUGAUAAGACGAAGAAGACGAAGAAGAAGAAGAAGAAGAACGAGAAGAGCAUCAGAUCCGUGAAUGAAGUAGCAGCGAAAACCUCCUGCCUCGUAACCACUCUCUGA